CACAUUAUUUAUACGAAUAAGCAAAAAUAUUGUACCAUAGACUCGUUAGUCGCAGCUGAUAAUGAGCCCUUGGUUUUUAUAAUUAAUAAACAAUUUAAAGGCAUGUUCAUGUAUUUGUACAUGUACAGCUAACGGCGGAUUUUACGGUGUAAAUAAUCCGGGGAUUAAAGUUCGUUGUUGUAACGCGACGAGGCAACUUCGUUAUUAAAUAAUUCGCGACGAGAGGAUAAAUAAAUAAAUAAAGAAAUAAAGUUGUUUUUUAACGUAAAAAAGAUUUGUAUAAACGAAGUUCACAUGUUUGCUAAAAAUUUCACUACUUCAAACGUCAAACUGACCGAAACCAGCUGCGGUAAAUUAUUCGGUGAAAAGUGCUGCAGUUUGUGAUCGUCAAAGUGAUAACGGAGAAGAGAACGUCGAGUGUAAAAAUCGUUUGUUGAUCCCUUCCUUGAUCGCCGAUUCUAUUCAAGCCUUUGCUCAACGAGCAAGAGUAACACUUUCUCUCUGUCUCUUUUACUUCUUUACCUUCUCUUCUUACCCUUCUUCAACUAUCCCAACACCGUCGCACCAAGGAUUAGGACUUACUACUGAGUUUCCGAUCCAAAGGCACAACUUCCGACCGCACUGCGCUUGGCAGCGAGUUCAGAACCCAAUCCCUCCCACAAAAAGCAGUGCAGCGCAGGAUCAGCAGGAAGACUACGCCAGAUCAUAGCCAACCGUUUCCCAGCUUAUCUUAACCGGAGUAAUUUCUUUUAGCUCGCUUACCGCAGCCAGAUUUAAACACCGCGCCGACAUCGUAGGAUGGUAGAAGGUGAACCCGACUCAAAGCACAAUCGUAAGAGUGAUGUAAAGGACGAUCGCCCAAACGGCUGUGGUUCAAAAGACCUAGAGCUCGCACGUUUAGGGACAAAGGGCAAGACUCUCGAUCCCGAGAAAGGAUCCUUUGAAAAAGCUGAUUUCGAAAAGGCUAUCGAACUUACCGGAUAUGGCAAGUUCCACUACUUCCUGCUCGCAGUAUGCGGGUUGGUCAGUACGAGCGAGGAGAUGGAUGUAAUUUCCAUGUCCUACAUUUUGCCGAGUGCACAAUGUGACCUGGAUCUCGAUACCCACAGGAAGGGAUGGAUGAGCUCCAUCAUAUUCAUAGGGAUGAUGGUCGGUGCCUACGCGUGGGGUUCAGUGGCAGACGCCCUGGGCCGCCGCAAGGUUCUGAUCGUCAUCUCCAUCAUGAACGCCGUCUGCAUAGUCGCCUCCAGCUUCACCCAGAGAUAUGAAUACUUCUUGUUGUUCAGAUUUCUCAACGGUGCUGCCCUUGGAGGCAGUGGACCUGUGAUCUGGUCCUACUUUGCUGAAUUCCAGCCGAAGGCGAAAAGAGGUUCCAUGUUGUCGUUUAUGGCGGCAUUUUGGACCCUUGGGAACCUCUUUGUUGCUGGACUGGCAUGGCUCAUUAUCCCUUCCGGGAUCGGUUUCGACAGCCUCGCAUUCAAGUAUAACUCAUGGCGAAUCUUCCUGCUGAUCUGCGCUGCACCGUCCUUUUUAGUGGCAGGGCUUCUGCUGCUCCUGCCCGAAUCCCCCAAGUAUUUACUCAUCCGUGGACGAGAGAAGGAGGCUCUGGAAAUAUUCCGUGGCAUAUACGCGAUAAACACUGGUCAAUCGCGAACAAUGUACCCAGUGAAAAAGCUGAUAUUCGACGACUCGAGGCAUCGGUCGGAAAAGGCGAGCACCAAGCCGCAGAGCAAAUGCAAAAUGCUCUUCGGUGACAUAUUGGGAAACACUAAACAGCUGUUCAUUUCACCGAUCCUCCGUUUCACUUUAAUAUCCAUCAUAAUUAACUUCACCUUCCACAUCGGGUACUACGGGCUCAUGAUGUGGUUCCCUGAACUGUUCAACCGUUUCGACAAGUACCAAACGGCCCACCCAAAUGUCACCUCGAUAGGCAUCUGCGAGGUUACGGACUUCGUUGUCAAUAAUAAAACACAGGAAUCAAACGUAACUUGUACGAACGAAAUCUCUGCCCAAGUGUUCCAAGAGUCUCUCAUUACCGUCGCAUCUGCAAUACCUGCUAAUAUCCUGGCUGUUGUUGGAAUGGACCGUCUUGGUCGCAAGUUCUUCCUCGUCUUCAGUACCUUCUCCGCCGGUCUUUGUUCCACCGGACUAUACUUCGUGACGAACAAAACACACAACUUGAUCGUAUCAGCGUUCUUCAGCGGUGUGAUAAGCUGCGGUAACGCCGCCCUCGAUUGUCUGAUCACUGAGGUAUUUCCCACAAACCUCCGCGCCACCGGCGUGGCAAUUUCAAUGGUGGCAGCCCGUCUGGGUGGGAUAAUCGGUAACAUAGUCAUUGCUCAGCUGCUGGACACGUAUUGUCCAGCGCCCACCUUUAUCGUCGCCGCACUUCUUAUCGGAGGAGGUCUGAUGUGCUUAGGUUUACCAAACACAACGCGCCAGCCGUUGUCCUGAUACCGUUUUAAUGAAAAUUUAUUGAAAUUGAAUAUAUAAAUAUUUAUAUAUAAGAGGAAUAUAAAUUGAACAAAAAAAAAAUAAAUAAAAACUUUAAAUAAAUAAAUAACACACUCGAUUCUGAUCGAGCUCCGUUGUAUAGUCAUGAUGCAUUUGUAUUAUUAGGAAGAUGUACGUAACCGGUCUGUAUACCUUUAUUAUUGUAACAUGCCCACCCCCAAAGUUUGACUGCACUAUGCACACAUACACGCACACGCAUACGCACACGCACACACACACACGCACAGACACACACACACACACAGAGGCACAUACUCACAAAUUGCAAACGCUAACAGUACAUGUAACACAUGAUUGUACACAGAGUGGACAUAUGUAUGUAUACGUAUGUCAAAUGAAUGUGUAUUACAUGUUAGAAUGAAAAAUAUUUACUUAGUUUCCGCGUUGAAGAAGUUGGAGGUGAAAAAAAAACUGUUGAACAAUUAACAGAAAAAAACAAAACAACAACAUGUCAGUAAUGAUAUUGUGGUAUAUUUUGAUCAGAGGAACGAAGUCAGAGGUUACAAAAAGAAAAAUUAAAUAAUUGUCGCCAAGUAUAUACAUAUAUUAAAUAAACUGGAUUAUGUAAAAUUCUGAAUUACCCUAACAAUAAGCGAGGCAGCAUGCACUACAAUAUUUAUACGUAUAUUAUAUACUGAAUCACUCGGCAAGUAAUGUCGUUGUUAAAAAUUAAUUAAUUGAACAAAGCGAAUAAAAUAUGCUAAUUAUAAUGGUACAUAACUCCGUUAAAUUUAAUAUACGUAUUAUAGGUAUGUUCUACGUAUAUCAAUUACGUAAUACUUUCUUAAAUAAUGAAUAAGAUGAAGAUUUUUAUUACGAUUAAUAGUUGUGUAAUGUGAUUAACAGGUUAUUUAUGAAUCAAAAUUACGGUUUCAAAAUUGUUUGUUCACAGUUCCUCGAUUUCUUUUUCUUUGUUGUUUUUCACGUUCUAAUUCUCACUUCUGCUCCUUUGCCAAAAACAUGUAUAUAAAUCUAAAUGGUGGAGUAAGUUUCUUGCUUCGGUAAUAAAUACUCUGUAUAAAUGCCGAUUAUUUGAAACCUCAUACAGCUCAUAUACAUAUCAGCAAUAACACGAAUAAUUUGUUUUCUUACUUGCAAAUUUGAUUUCCCAAUAGAAAAAUAUAAUCAUCAUUGCAGUGGUUUGUGUUGCAAUGAAUUACUGAGGAAAGUAUUAAAGCAUAAAAAAAACAAAAAUGUCAUAUUGAGAAUCUUAGAAAAAUACACGACUCCAUAUAGGUGAAGUACGAUGAUUGUUAUUGUUUGAAACUUUUACGAUUAUAUAAAUAUUGGUUAUAUAUACAAUACCUAUACUGUACCUAUACAUAUAUAUCUAGAUAUCGUAAGCUGUUGAUAAUUUGGAUGAUUUCUUACUGUUGGUACUAAAGAGAAUCGUUGAAUACACACAAUGUAUUAUAUUAUGCCUAUUUGUACUCAGUGUUAGAAUACUCAGAAUAAAAUUAUUUGGAAUUGUAA